AUGACGAAUAUUCGCUACAAGGGGGUGGGGAAUUUGGGAGAAACUUUACAAAAGUCCAUCGCACCGCCAAUGGUUUUAGGAGGUGAUUCGUUUGUUGUUUUAUGUGAUUCAGACAUCGCCGGGGCAGCUGAUAAUGCAAAAGGACUACACAGCCUUAGAUUAACAUCGUAUUCUAUGAAUGAAUUAAAAACGCUCUUCAGAUAUGUAAUUGGCGAUGAAACGUACUCAUAUUCGGACUCCGAUAAGAUAUUUGACAUUAAAGAGUUUCAAGAUUCUGGCAAUUGGGGCGAUAAAAUGAAUGAAAAUGGUUUUUUCGAUAAAAACAAGUAUAAAUUACAAUUUAGAGUACAGAGAAUCGACACCUCGGAUAACCAUGAAUUUUGUUGUACAGUGGAAUUUUUUAAUUCCCAGGCAAUCCACGAAAUUACUAGAAGAUGUGAAAAUGUUAAUGUUGGUCAGAAAGCCAUCCUUCAUCCCAGUUUGGCCAUGCCAGGAGAAUCUGUUUCGGUAUUCUGUGACGCUGACCUAGCCAGGAUUCCCGUAGAAGUGUCUGAUUUAGAAUCUAUCAAGUUAACGUGGAAAAGCGAUGAAUCAAACGAAACGUGCCUUUACGCCAUUUCAAGAGACCCUGAAAAUGAUACAGUAAUAAAGAGCACUGAAGGAAAUCUCAAAGCACCAAAAAGGGAUUUAAAGCAUAGCUAA